UAUUCAGGGUAUAUAUUACCAUCAACUAUUUAGUUAUUUAAGUUUACUAUAUUUGAAGCGAUACUUCUUGAGUUACUACUUUUCCUGAAGGCAAUUUCCCAAAGAUUUUUUUCAAAUCUUAAUAAAAUAAAAAUAUUACUCAUAUUAAAGCAACCAAAUGGCCAAAGCGGGGUCAGGGGCAGGUGGUGACUAUGACUACAUUUUCAAAAUCAUUGUCAUUGGUGAUAGCGGCGUGGGAAAGUCAUCUUUAACUGUAAGGCUUUCAGAGGAUGUAUUCUACAGAGAUUACGCCUCAACGAUUGCGAUUGAUUUCCGCAUGCACCAGAUAAACUACAUGGAUAAACACGUGCGCCUGCAGAUAUGGGAUACCGCCGGACAGGAGCGCUUUCAAUCCGUGGCUACUGCUUUUUACCGUGGUGCAAAUGGUGUUAUGUUGUGUUUUGAUCUCACCCACAGACCAUCCUUCCUGCAUGUUGAGCAGUGGAUGGAGCGAGUGAAGCAGCAGGCGCUGCCGGGUAUCCCCUGCCUGCUCAUUGGCUGCAAGAUCGAUGGGGCUCGUACAAAUCGACAAGUUACGAAGGAAGAGGCGAUGGCCUGGGCGACGCAGCACAAGAUGUCGUAUAUUGAAACCAGUGCGAAAGAAAAAGAAAACGUGCAACAGGCUUUUCAGCAGAUCACCAAGUGUAUUUUUGAUGAUAUGAAAGAUCACUGCGGCACCGCACAGCAGUCCUCACGAGUUGGUGCGUCUGGUGAGAGGAAGGUCAAGUUAGGUGCGGAUAGGGAUAAGAAAUCAAAAGGAAAUUCUUGCUGCUAAAGGAUGUGUAGGAACUAGAAUAACGGAAGCUAUGUCUCCAUUCUAAAUAAAUGUGAAUAGGUCAUCAAAUCAAUAAAUUACCUUUCUUGACGACUAGAUAUUUUAUGUUGUCAUUAUAGUUGUAUACCACAAAGGUGUAGAUUACUUACUCUUAACUAUAACAGCACUGCAUGCUAUGAGGGUAGACUGAGAAAUGAGAAGAAAUUACACAGGAGUCGUUAUUUUACUUACCGCAGAAAGAGACUUACAUUUUUCAUAUAUUUCGAAUGAUGGAUAUUUUGAAGUGCCUAAAAAUUCUAGGUAACAAAAAUAUAAUGAUUCCGGACUAUUAAUAUACUUGUGUAUCCUUGACCCAAAAGAACAGAAGGAUGAUUAGUUGUUUAUGUUUCUAAACUCAUUUACAUCGUAAAACAAAGAGCCAAAAUAUUUGCAUUGUAGUUAUCGACUUCAGAUAGAAGUCUAUGCUCUAAUUCAGUUAAUCUCUCUGUGUGUAGCUGCUUGAUUAUUUGUUUAUGCGUACAUCCUGUACGUCCACAUUGUAAGGCGUAGGUGAAUAUAUUAUUAUAUAUAUAUAUAUAUGUUAGUGUGCUUUAUUUUAUGCCCACUUUCUUUUGUUGCUUAUAUCAAAGAUAUUAUUCUAUAUACUUACUCCCAGUAGAGUAAAAA